AGUUUGGAAACGUGCUGUCCCACUUUUCCUAUCGAUGCUUUGUUGAUUACGUUAAUAUACAGUAAAACGGCACCACAUAGGCCUACAUAUCGCCUUCUACCAGUAAUUAAGGAGCAUGCAUGAUCGGCCCAAAUCGGUAUGACAUGUUUGUUACAUAACAACUUGUGUACGGCAGUGCCAGUGACGUUCUGAAAAUGCGUCGAAGGGCAGCUUUCUCUAUGCUUUGAUGAUUAUCAGUUCCCGCCAAAAGUGGGACGUAAUUAUGACGUCAUAAUUAUGACGUUUUAUGCGUAAUUUAAGACGUCAUCAAGUUCUACAUUUAGGUCUACAACUCGAGUACGCGUAGUUGUAAGGAAGAAAAACUUUCUGUUUUUUAGGGUCAUUACGGAUCCCUAAAAUAUUGGAACUGUGAUAGACUGAGCAAUUGGCGACAGGUCAGAGAAAACCUCAAAGUUCAGAAAUAUUGGUAGUGAACAACUGAAAAAUAGAACGGGUGUCUACAACACGGCAGAUGAUACCACCGUCUUCACAGACAUGGACUCAAACAACUGCGCAAACGAGAAGACCCUUGGGGACGGAAGUAUCGGCUGUUGUGGAUAUAUCCUGAUUUUCCUUUCCUACAUUAUUUUCCUCGUUACAUUGCCACUCUCCUUGUGCGCUUCCAUACAUGUAGUCCAUGAGUACCAGCGAGGUGUUGUAUUUCGUCUUGGUAGGGCGAAAAAGGGAGGUGCGAAGGGUCCAGGUCUCAUCUUCACGUUACCAUGCGCGGAGGAGUUUACCUUGGUAGACCUGAGAAUAAAGUCCUUCGAUAUACCACCACAGGAGAUUCUGUCCAAGGACUCUGUGACAGUGGCGGUGGACGCUGUGAUCUACUGUUACGUGUACGACCCAGUUAUGUCCGUCUGUAAUAUACAGGAUGCCUUCGGCUCCACUCGUCUUCUAGCAGCAACCACACUGCGAACCGUCCUUGGCACCAAGAAUUUGGCCGACAUGCUAUCAGAGAGGGACGUCAUUUCCAAGGAAAUGCAGCAAAUUCUAGACGAGUCAACAGAUCCUUGGGGCGUGAAGGUUGAAAGAGUAGAAAUAAAAGACGUCCGAUUGCCGCUUCAGUUACAGAGGGCUAUGGCGGCAGAAGCCGAGGCAUCCCGAGAGGCUAGCGCAAAGGUUAUAGCAGCAAAGGGCGAACAGAGGGCGUCCGCCUCACUGAAGGAGGCUGCUGUCAUAAUGUCACAAUGCCCAGCCGCCGUCCAGCUUCGCUACUUGCAAACACUUAGUUCAAUAGCGGCCGAGAAGAAUUCGACGAUCAUAUUCCCACUUCCGAUGGAGUUUUUAAGAGGCAUGACAGCCAAACAAUGAAAACUAAACGACAGCAUCACAGUUAGUGGUAUGGUUAUAUUCGUAUGCUAAUAACCCAGAACCAAUGAUCGAAGAUCUGGUUAAUACACGACGACGACGACGACGACAUCCCUUCCAAACUUAAACUGGUGGACGUGGUUAUUAUCAUAUACGUUCUCUUGGGCAGUAUUAAUAUAUUGGCCAUAUUGAAUUGGAGAUGACGGAUCUGCCAAUUUACAUUUCAACUUGACUGUGAUUUAUCAAAAUACCAAUUUUUUUUCUGUUAUUUUGCACUUGUUUUUUUUUUUUUAUGCCAAUAUCAAAGAAACAAAAUGCAGUAAAUAAAAAAAUGUUUU